UUCGGUCGUUCCAGUUUCUCUGUUUUGCUUCCGUUUGGUUCUGAAACGGUAAACGGUUUAUCUGUUGCACGCGUGGGGCUAGUCGACAUAACAAUUGUAAGCAUCAACACGCUCAAUAAGGCUGCAAUGGACUGUAGAGUUUCAAGAGGAUGUCUGUGAAUGCUCCCACUUCUACUCUCGGGAUUUCUGCUCAUAUUGUGGCUACUCUGGAGGAUUAAGAACAAGAUGAUGCUGGACCAAGGUGGGGAAACUCCGACUGGCUGUGGAAGCGCUGCAGCACAAGAGGAGAUGCAAGCGGCCGAUGGACCCACCGCAGCUGUACACACCCCUGCUCCCGUUGAACACUCCACGCCAUUGGGUCUUGCAUCAUCUACCUCAGACAGUGGGGACAACAGUCCCCAAACCCACAUUGACCCCUCUGAGGGACCCAUGAUACCCAGGGCAGGGGGUUCCCAGCCUCCUCAGGCCUCUUCAGAGGGGAGGACAGAGCAGUACACACAGACCCAACCAUCUCCCUUCGUCGUCCCUCAGCCUCCCAGUAGAACGACCAGGCCCAAGCUCAGCUCAGGCCCCGAGGUUCGACGAGCCUGUCUCAAGUUCAUCCUGGGGGCAUCGGAGGACAAUUCAUCAGAUGACGAGCCGCCUUUGACCAUGAAACCCCCUACAGGUUCGAGUUCCUCUGAGGCCACCGCCUCCACCGUACGGCAAACUGCAUCAGCAACCUCAACCGCCUUCUCCCCCCCACAGCAAGUUCAAUCAGUAACAUUAACCACCACCUCCCCUGGCAUGAGGCCUAGCAUGUCUCACCCACACCUGGUGAAGAAGGUUCGCGAGAACAGGAAAAUGGAGCUGCAGAGAGACUUCACAGUGGCCUCGCCAGCCGAGUUUGUCACCCGCUUCGGUGGAAACCGGGUCAUAAAUAAGGUGCUGAUAGCUAAUAAUGGCAUAGCAGCAGUCAAAUGUAUGCGUUCCAUUCGCCGCUGGUCCUACGAGAUGUUCCGUAACGAGAGGACCAUCCGUUUUGUGGUGAUGGUCACCCCUGAGGACCUGAAAGCCAACGCAGAGUAUAUCAAAAUGGCGGACCACUAUGUACCCGUCCCAGGCGGAGCCAACAACAACAACUAUGCCAAUGUAGAGCUGAUCGUAGACAUCGCCAAGAGGAUUCCUGUACAGGGGGUCUGGGCCGGGUGGGGUCACGCCUCUGAGAACCCCAAACUACCUGAGCUCUUGGACAAGAAUGGAAUCUCUUUCUUAGGGCCGCCCAGUAAGGCCAUGUGGGCUCUGGGAGAUAAGGUGGCCUCCUCCAUCGUGGCCCAGAGCGCAGACAUCCCCACCCUGCCCUGGAGUGGAUCAGGUCUGAGAGUAGACUGGACAGAGGACGACCAGAGGCUGGGCCACGUGAUUAGCGUCCCUCCAGAGGUCUACGUGCACGGCUGCGUGCGUGACGUUGACGAUGGGCUGGCGGGAGCAGAAAGAAUUGGCUACCCGGUGGUGAUAAAAGCGUCAGAAGGCGGAGGGGGCAAGGGUAUCCGGAAGGUGGACAACGCUGAGGACUUUGCCAGCUUCUUCAGACAGGUGCAGGCGGAGGUGCCCGGCUCGCCCAUCUUCGUCAUGCAGCUGGCCCAGCAUGCCCGUCACCUGGAGGUCCAGAUUCUCGCCGACCAGUACGGCAAUGCCAUCUCCCUGUUUGGCAGAGACUGCUCCAUCCAGCGGAGACAUCAGAAGAUCAUUGAGGAGGCCCCGGCCACCAUAGCAUCUUCCACCACCUUCGAGCACAUGGAGCAGUAUGCAGUGCGGCUGGCUAAGAUGGUGGGCUACGUGAGUGCAGGCACUGUGGAGUACCUCUUCUCUGAGGACGGGAGCUUCCACUUCCUGGAGCUCAACCCCCGUCUGCAGGUGGAACACCCAUGCACAGAGAUGAUCGGAGAUGUCAACCUGCCCGCCGCCCAGCUCCAGAUAGCCAUGGGGAUCCCCCUCCACAGGAUCAAAGACAUUCGUGUGCUGUAUGGAGAGACCCCUUGGGGGGACACCACCAUCAACUUUGAGGCCCCCGACUGUGUCCCCAGUCCCCGGGGACACGUCAUCGCGGCCCGCAUCACCAGCGAGAACCCAGACGAGGGCUUCAAGCCCAGCUCGGGCACGGUGCAGGAGCUUAAUUUCCGCAGCAGUAAAAAUGUGUGGGGCUACUUCAGCGUGGGGGCUGCUGGGGGUCUGCAUGAGUUUGCUGAUUCCCAGUUCGGCCACUGCUUCUCCUGGGGGGAGAACCGAGAGGAGGCCAUUUCGAACAUGGUGGUUGCCAUGAAGGAGCUGUGUAUCCGGGGGGACUUCAGGACCACGGUGGAGUACCUCAUCAAGCUGCUGGAGACCGAGAGCUUCAGGAACAACGACAUCGACACCGGCUGGCUGGAUAAUCUCAUCGCUGAUAAAGUUCAGGCAGAGAGGCCAGACACCAUGCUGGGCGUUGUCUGUGGGUCUUUACACGUGGCGGACGCCAGCUUCAGGAAGAGUAUGUCUGACUUCCUGCACUCACUGGAAAGAGGCCAGGUGCUACCUGCAGCCAGUCUGCUGAAUACUGUUGAUGUGGACCUGAUCUACGAGGGGGUCAAAUACUGCCUCAAGGUAGCUCGCCAGUCCCCAACUACGUACGUCAUCAUCAUGAACGGCUCGGACAUCGAGAUCGACGUCCACCGGCUAAGCGACGGCGGGCUCCUCCUCUCCUACAACGGCAGCAGCUACACCACCUACAUGAAGGAGGAAGUGGACAGCUACCGGAUCACUGUUGGCAACAAGACGUGUGUGUUUGAGAAGGAGAGGGACCCCACGGUGCUGAGGUCGUCCUCUGCUGGUAAACUCCUGCAAUACCUAGUGGAAGAUGGAGGUCAUAUCUGCGCCGGGAACUCGUAUGCGGAGAUCGAGGUGAUGAAGAUGGUGAUGACGCUGACGGUGGUGGUGUCGGGCUGUGUCCACUAUGUGAAGAGGCACGGGGCGGUGCUGGAGCCCGGCUGUGUGGUGGCCAGAUUGGACCUGGAUGAUCCCAGCAACAUCCAACCAGUGGAGCUGAACACGGCCUCCUUCCCGACCCAGCAGCCGCUGCCCAUCGUGGGGGAGAAGCUCCACCAGAUCUUCCACAUGGUCCUGGAGAACCUGGUGAAGGUCAUGGCUGGCUACUGCCUCACCGAGCCCUACUUCAGCAACAAGGUGAAGCAGUGGGUAGACACCCUGAUGAAGACCCUGCGGGACCCCUCGCUGCCCCUGCUGGAGCUCCAGGAGUUAAUGACCAGCGUGGCCAGCCGCAUCCCGCCCAGCGUCGAGAAGGCCAUCCGCAAGGUCAUGGCCCAGUACGCCAGCAACAUCACCUCGGUGCUCUGCCAGUUCCCCAGCCAGAGGAUUGCCUGUAUCUUGGACAGCCACGCAGCCACCCUUCAGAAGAAGGCCGACCGGGAAGUGUUCUUCAUGAACACUCAGAGUAUCGUCCAGCUGGUGCAGAGGUACCGCAGUGGAAUCCGAGGAUACAUGAAGUCUGUGGUGCUGGAUCUGCUCAAGUGUUACCUGCAGGUGGAGAUGCAGUUCCAGCAAGCUCACUACGACAAGUGUGUGAUCAACCUGAGGGAGCAGUACAAGCCUGACAUGACCCCUGUGCUGGAGAGCAUCUUUUCUCACGCUCAGGUCUCCAAGAAGAACAUCCUGGUCACCAUACUCAUCGAUCAGCUGUGUGGGCGGGACCCCACCCUAGCAGACGAGCUGAUGGUCAUCCUGAACGAGCUCACACAGCUCAACAAGAUGGAGAACUCAAAGGUGGCACUGCGUGCCAGACAGGUUUUGAUCGCUUCCCAUCUGCCCUCUUAUGAACUGAGGCACAACCAGGUGGAGUCCAUCUUUCUGUCUGCCAUCGACAUGUAUGGACACCAGUUCUGCCCAGAGAACCUGAAGAAACUCAUCCUGUCUGAGACCUCCAUUUUUGACGUCUUGCCCAAUUUCUUCUACCACACUAACCGGGUGGUGUGCAUGGCUGCCUUGGAGGUGUACGUGCGAAGGGGCUACAUUGCUUACGAGCUGAACAGCCUCCAGCAUCACCAGUUGCAGGACGGGACGUGUGCCGUAGACUUCCAGUUCAUGUUGCCGUCGUCCCACCCCAACAGAGGAAGCAGCCCUACUCUGAACAGGUUGGCGAUGCCGGUGAACAGUGUGGGACAGUUUGAGAUGAGGCGGCAGGGUAGCGAACUCUUCCUAGAUGGGGCGUUCUCUCCCCCCUGUCAGCGCAUGGGGGCCAUGGUGGCCUUCCAGUGUUUCGAAGACUUCAAAAGGAACUUUGAUGAGGUCAUCUCCAGUUUUGCUGACCCGCUCCUGGAAAGCCCGCUUUUCCCCGAGGCCUGCUCCAAUCAGUUCUACGAGGAGGAUAACUGCAAGCAGAACAUGAAGGAGAACCCCAUCCACAUCAUCAAUGUGUCCAUCAAGUCGGCGGACACAGAGGAUGACGAUACCUUGGUCACAGCCUUCGCUGCCUUCGCCCAGUCUAAGAAAGGGUUACUCUUUGAGCAUGGCAUCCGAAGGAUCACGUUUUUAGUCGCACAGAGGAGGGAAUUUCCCAAGUUCUUCACUUUCAGAGCCAGAGACGGGUUUCAGGAGGACCGUAUCUACAGGAACCUGGAGCCUGCUCUGGCCUUCCAGCUGGAGCUGAACCGCAUGCGUAACUUUGACCUGACGGCCGUACCCUGUGCCAACAGCAAGAUGCACCAGUACCUGGGUGCCGCUCGCGUGCAGGAGGGCGCUGAGGUCACAGACUACCGCUACUUCAUCCGAGCCAUCAUGCGCCACUCUGACCUCAUCACAAAGGAAGCGUCAUUUGAGUACCUACAGAACGAGGGUGAGCGUCUUCUCCUGGAGGCUAUGGAUGAGCUGGAGGUGGCCUUCAGCAACACCAAAUGGCGCACCGACUGCAACCACAUCUUCCUCAACUUUGUCCCGACCGUCAUCAUGGACCCCUCCAAGAUUGAGGAGUCUGUGCGCUCCAUGGUGAUGCGUUACGGCAGUAGGCUGUGGAAGCUCCGGGUGCUCCAGGCCGAGCUCAAGAUCAACAUCCGGCUGACGCCCACUGGGACCGCCAUCCCCAUCCGUCUGUUCCUCACCAACGAGUCCGGCUACUACCUGGACAUCAGCUUGUAUAAGGAGGUCACAGACCCCUCAACGGGACAGAUCAUGUUCCAGUCGUACGGGGACAAGCAGGGCCCUCUGCACGGCAUGCUCAUCAACCAUCCCUAUGUCACCAAGGACCUGCUGCAGUCCAAACGCUUCCAGGCCCAGACCUUGGGCACCACCUACGUCUACGACUUCCCAGAGAUGUUCCGACAGGCCCUCUUUAAGCUUUGGGGUCCGGGGGACAGCUACCCUAAAGACGUGCUGAUGUGCACCGAGCUGGUGCUGGACCCGCAUGACCGACUGGUGCAGAUGAACCGCCUGCCUGGAGACAACGAGGUGGGAAUGGUAGCCUUCCGGAUGCGGAUGAAGACGCCAGAGUAUCCCGAGGGCCGCGACAUCAUCGUCAUCUGCAACGACAUCACCUACAUGAUUGGCUCGUUCGGGCCCCAGGAGGACCAGCUGUUCCUGCGGGCGUCGGAGAUGGCCCGGGCCGAGGGCAUUCCACGCAUCUACAUCUCAGCCAACAGCGGGGCGCGCAUCGGCCUGGCCGAGGAGAUACGACACAUGUUCCAGGUUGCCUGGACCGACCCCCAGGACCCUUACAAGGGUUUCAAGUAUCUGUACCUGACGCCCCAGGACUACACCCGCAUCAGCUCCACCAACGCUGUCCACUGCCACCACGUGGAGGAGGGUGGAGAGUCCAGGUACAUCAUCACUGACAUCAUAGGGACCGAAGAUGGUCUUGGGGUUGAAAACCUGAGAGGAUCAGGCACCAUCGCCGGGGAGUCUUCCAAGGCCUACGAUGAGAUCAUCACCAUCAGCAUGGUGACGUGCCGUGCCAUUGGGAUCGGGGCUUAUCUAGUGCGUCUGGGGCAGCGGGUCAUCCAGGUGGAGAACUCCCACAUCAUUCUGACCGGGGCUGGAGCCCUCAACAAGGUUCUGGGUCGAGAAGUGUAUACCUCCAACAACCAGCUGGGAGGCGUCCAGAUCAUGCACAACAACGGCGUGACGCACACCACGGUGCCCGAUGACUUUGAGGGCGUUUUCACUAUCCUGCGGUGGCUCUCCUAUAUGCCGAAGACCAAGCACUCUCCGGUGCCGGUGAUACCACCCAAGGACCCAGUGGAGAGGGAGAUCGAGUUCACCCCCACCAAGGCUCCCUAUGAUCCCCGCUGGCUACUGGCCGGGAGGCCCCACCCCACUGUAAAAGGAGCCUGGCAGAGUGGAUUUUGUGACCAUGGCUCGUUCAUGGAAGUGAUGGGGUCUUGGGCCCAGACAGUAGUGGUGGGCAGAGCCAGGUUAGGUGGGAUUCCCCUUGGCGUCAUUGCUGUGGAAACACGUACCGUUGAGGUGGCUAUCCCGGCCGAUCCAGCAAACUUGGAUUCUGAGGCCAGACUGGUGCAGCAGGCCGGCCAGGUCUGGUUUCCGGACUCUGCCUUCAAGACGGCCCAGGCCAUCCGUGACUUCAACCGUGAGCGGCUGCCUCUGAUGGUGUUCGCCAACUGGAGAGGCUUCUCCGGGGGAAUGAAGGACAUGUACGACCAGGUGCUGAAGUAUGGGGCCUAUAUCGUGGACGGCCUGCGUGAGUUCCGCCAGCCUGUGUUGAUCUACAUCCCGCCGCACGCCGAGCUGAGGGGGGGAUCCUGGGUGGUGAUCGAUCCCACCAUCAACCUUCUGUGCAUGGAGCUCUACGCAGACAGAGAGAGCAGGGGUGGUGUACUAGAGGCAGAGGGCACUGUGGAGAUCAAGUAUCGCAGGAAGGACCUGUUGAAAACCAUGCGCCGGAUCGACUCGGUCUACGCCGGUCUGGCUGAACAGCUUGGUAAACAGCCUGGUACACCGGAGCUGACAGACAAACAGCGGCGGGACCUGGAAGCCAAGCUGAGGGCCAGAGAGGAGUUCCUGCUGCCCAUCUACCACCAAGUGGCAGUGCAGUUUGUGGACCUCCACGACACCCCUGGUAGAAUGCACGAGAAGGGUGCCAUCACGGACAUCCUGGACUGGAAGAAUGUGCGGAGCUUCUUCUACUGGCGUCUGCGGCGCCUCCUGCUGGAGGGCGUGGUGAAGUGUGAGGUCCUGCAGGCCAACCCAGAGCUGAGUGACGGACACAUCCAGUCCAUGCUGCGCCGCUGGUUUGUGGAGACAGAGGGCACGGUCCAGGCGUACCUUUGGGACAAUAACAAAGCGGUGGUGGAGUGGCUGGAGAAGCAUUUGGCCAAAGAGGACGGCACACGAUCCGCCAUCAGAGAGAACAUCAAGUACCUGAAGAGGGACCACGCCUUGAAACACAUCCGCAGCAUUGUGCAGGCUAACCCUGAGGUGACCAUGGACUGCAUCAUCCACAUGAGCCAGUCCAUCACUCCAUCCCAGAGGGCCAAGAUCUCCCACCUGCUGGCCACGAUGGACGGCACCGCCCCCAGUUAAAGUCCAGAUCUGAGGCUGAGCUGCCCAAAUGCCUUACACAGGAAAUUCCUGAAGUUCUAGCAUAGUGGAGAAAAUAGAUAAGUAGGUCUGUGGGAUGUGGACUUAGGGCAGGGGGACACAUGCAGUAUCUCUUCAUCGAUGCCGCCUACGUUCUAUUGUUGAGUUGAGACAAUAAAGCUAAGAUGCCAAAAAAGCCAAAAACAUGUCUAAUUCUCAGGGUUAGGGCUAGUUCGGGCUGCUCAUAUGCUAUAACCAUGCAGCACUAUACACUACACAUGCACUACAUCAAGGGUCCCUACCUUGGGUAGAUUUAUUUUUCUUUCCGCGGAUGGUCGGGGGGCCGGAACAUAGUUAUAAAUCAUUUGUACACUGAAAAUUGACAGCAAGAAUCCAAAACAUAUAUAGUAUUUGACAAAAACUGAAUAAUUUUAAACCUUGAUUUCAUUGGGAUAUGAUCACUUAUGCCUCUCUAUUUAUGCGUGGGAAUACUUGGGAACAGAUUCCCUAAGUUAAAAUCCCUUUGAGCUGAUUUCCUGACGAUUUUAGUCUUAUGUUCAACAACCGAAAUAUAUUUUUUUAAAUCCUCAACUUGGGGGGCCAAAUAAAAUCGGGGGAUUCGGAAAGUAUUCAGACCCCUUGACUUUUUCCACAUUUUGUUACGCUACAGCCUUAUUCUAAAAUGGAUUCAUUUGUUUUUCUCCCUUCAUCAAUCUGCACACAAUACCCCAUAAUGAUAAAGCAAAAACAUAUUUGGGGAUUAUUUUCUAAUUUUAUACAAAAAUAAACUGAAAUAUCAUUUUUCAGAACCUUUACUCAGUACUGUGUUGAAUAACCUUUUGGCAGUGAUUACAGCCUCAAGUCUUUGGUAUGACGCUACAAGCUUGGCACACCAGUGUUUGGGGAUUUCUCCCAUUCUUUGCAGAUCCUCAAGCUCUGUCAGGUUGGAUGGGGAGCGUCGCUGCACAGCUAUUUUCAGGUCUGUCCAGAGACGUUAUAUCGGGUUCAAGUCCGGGCUCUGGCUGGGCCACUCAAGGACAUCCAGGGACUUGUCCGGAAGCCACUCCUGCGUUGUCUUGGCUAUAUGCUUAGGGUCUUUGUCCUGUUGGAAGGUGAACCUUCACCCCAGUCUGAGGUCCUGAGUGUUCUGGAGCAGGUUUUCAUCAAGGAUCGCUCUGUACUUUGCUUCGUUCAUCUUUCCCUCGAUCCUGACUAGUCUCCCAGUCCCUGCCACUGAAAAACAUCCUCACGGCAUGAUGCUUCCACCACCAUGCUUUACCAUAGGGAUGGUGCCAGGUUUCUUCCAGAUGUCACAUUUGGCAUUCAGGCCAAAGAGUUCAAUCUUGGUUUCAUCAGACCAGAGAAUAUUGUUUCUCAUAGUCUGAGUCAUUUAGGUGCCUUUUGGCAAACUCCAAGCAGGCUAUCGUUUGACUUUUACUGAGGUGUGGCUUCUGUCUGGCAACUCUACCAUAAAGGCCUGAUUGGUGGUGCUGCAGAUAUGGUGGUCCUUCUGAAAGUUUCUCCCAUCUCCACAGAGGAACUCUGGAGCUCUGUCAGAGUGACCAUUGGGUUCUUGGGUCACCUCCCUAACCAAGGCCCUUCUUCCCUGAUUGCUCAGUUUGGCCGGGCGGCCCGCUGUAGGAAGAGUCUUGGUGGUUCCAAACUUCUUCCAUUUAAGAAUGAUGGCCUCCGUGUUCUUGGGGACCUUCAAUGCUGCAGAAAUGUUUUGGUACUCAUCCCCAGAUCUGAGCCUCGACACAAUCCUGUCUCGGAGCUCUACGGACAAUUCCUUCAACCUCAUGGCUUGGUUUUUGUCUGACAUGCACUGUCAACUGUGGGACCUUGUAUAGACAGGUGUGUGCCUUUCCAAAUCAUGUCCAAUCAAUUGAAUUUACCACAAGUGGACUCCAAGUUGUAGAAACAUCUCAAGGAUGAUCAAUGGAAACAGGAUGCACCUGAGCUCAAUGUUGGGUUUCAUAGCAAAGGGUCUGAAUACUUAGGUAAAUAAGUAUUUUAAAAAAUGUCCAAAACCUGUUUUUGCUUUUUCAUUGGGGUAUUGUGUGCCUUUUGAGAUUUUUUUAAAAUGUAAUACAUAUUAGAAUAAGGCUAACGUAACAAAAUGUGGAAAAAGUCAAGGGUUCUGAAUACUUUCUGAAUGCACUGUACAUGGCAACGUUGGUGUGGUGUUGUAGCUUUAGUGAUUCAAGAGCUGCGGUUAAUCCAAAUCAAGCAUAUGGAGCUUUUAUGCACUUUUAAAAAGUUCAAAAAGUAUAAAAGUUAUCAAAAAGCAACCUAUCCCAGACUGGUCUGCACGUUUUUAAGUUUGAAAGGUGUUUCUAGCUUAAACGGUGUAAGACUUAGUUUUAGGCUACAUUUUUCUUAUUCAAGUCUAUGGCCAUUGAAAUGCAUUGGGAAAGAGACGUUUUGGUGUUGGUAGUUUUUACGGUUUGGGCUACAGGUUCCAGUGGAAUAAUAAUAAUUUAAAACGUUUUUUUUAAGAGUAAACCAUUUUCAGCAAUCACACCUAAUUAUCAAAUGUACAACCCCCAACCACCUGACACUACAGGCAGGUUAAAUUUAAAUGGUCGAAGUAUUUGACCUCAGGUCUGGUUCCAUGUGGUUUUAACAUUGCUAUGAUCAGAGGGAACCACCACUAUUUAGCAUUUCUGAUUCACUUCAUCAAUAGGAUUUGAAAACCCAUAUGUUUGAAAGCAUGAAUUGAAUGGAGUGGACCAUGUGCCUUUUAUCAGUAUUCUAUCAAGCUUCUCAUUGCUAAUGCUGUGCACUGGCAUUUUACAACGGGGGUGACCAGGGUUUUUGCUAUGGUGUGUUGAUCAUUCUGUUCAUAUCUGGGAGAAUGUGUGCCGACCUUUGAAUGUACGCCAGCCAGGGGCCGAACAAAGCCCUCAUUUGUGUACCAUGUAAAAUAUAUAAAUAUAUUUUUGUAAUGUGCCAGUGCAGACAAUACACAAGCCUGUCUGGGGGUUGGGUGACGUGUAGCCUUUACUUCAGUAUGUUCCUAGGCCGUUAUUGAAAAUAAGAAUUUGUUCUUAACUGACUUGCCUAGUUAAAUAAAGAUAAAAUAAAUGUAUCCUUGUGACAAUAUUGACCAAAAAAAGACUAAUUUCAGUGACAUUAAAUUACAUUGAAUUAAAUUAAAUUUCAUUUCAUUUACAGAAUCAUUUCAGUGACUGGUCGAGUAGGAAAUGUUUCAUUUUUCCCCCUCAUUAAUUUUAAUCCAAAAAUGGGAUAUGUCAGUAUUGCCCUUAUUAAGACUAACCUGUACAAUUUGAAGUCAGGUAAUAUUUUUUUAUUUUAUUAACAAGUGUUUAUUUGUGUGCCCUUGAAUUUCUUUCUUUGUAUUAUUGUUUUUUGACUGAAUAACAAAUAUGCCUGUGUUUUUCCUGAGUCA